UAUUUGGAAGGGCCUCGUUGAUGAUGUGUUGGGUAGUAGUAGUGGUAAACACAACGUUGCUCUUUAACACGCUCUGUCGCGUAUAAACGAUCGUCAUGAAAUAAAUCGGGUAGAAAAAGAAGAAGCGGAGCUGGGAAGCAUUUGUUUUCGAUGGCUUGAUUCGAGCUCCUGUCUGGGUUUGACAGCGAGCGAACGGUUCUGGAAGUGCUUCGGACCGGUUUGAUAUGUCAUUUAAUGAAUCCCUUGUUUGUUGUUUGUAUGUUUGCGAGAGCGAGAUCAUUUCCAUGUUCACUUGGAGCAGAACGUAUAUUUCUAGGAUACGCAAAUAAAACUCAAAGAGCGAUAUUAUUGUCAAGUCGCAGAGCAAACAAAAAGGGGCCAUUGUCGUAUGCUGUUCCAUAUGGGUGCGUCCACAUGCUAGUAAUUUCGUGUUCAACUGGCUUGGGACUGCAGCUGAUGCGAGUAGGUAUGUUGGCUCAAGGGUAAAAGGAGUGUGAUAGUCUAUUUGCUUUGAGCUUUAUUC